GACAAGCAAGCAAGGAAAAGACGCCACCUUUGGGCUUUUUCCCCUCCCCUGUUCCAUUCCGUCCGUCCUCGCCGUCGCCGUCGGCCGUCGCCAUGGGCUCCUCCCCGCCGCCGGCCACCGACGACGACCGCUACCAAGACCCGAUGUGGGAGAGGCGGACGCACGCGAGGAUCCUGGUCCGCGACGCCGACGCCGGCCGCAUCAUCGGCAGCGCGGGGUCCUCCAUCGCCGCCAUGGAGAAGGAGGCCGGCUCCGGCGCCCGCAUCACGCUCUCCGGCAGGGACCAGAUCCUCGCCGGCACCGACCGCCGCGUCGUCUUCCUCUCCGGCCCCUUCCGCGCCGUCAUGGACGCCGCCGACCUCCUCCUCCACAAGAUCCCCCCCCGCUACCAGGGCGAGCAGGCGGACAACACGGUGGUGCUGGUGGUGCCCUACGCCUGCUGCGGCGCGCUCAUCGGCAAAGGAGGGACGCUCAUCAAGUGGUUAGCUCAAGAGUCAAAUGCUGGCAUCACGGUCUCACACCACCGACUCUGCUACGGUUUCAAUGACAGACUGGUUAACAUCACCGGGCGCUUGGAACAUCAGCUGCAGGCCAUAUUCCUUAUACUCUCCGAGCUGCUUGACGAUGUCCACUACUUAUCCUCCUACCAAAGCGUUGGUUUUCCACGUUGUCAUGUUUCAAGCGUUGGGUGUGACGGUGAUGCUCAAGAUGAGCAUGUCGAGAGAUACCACAGCAGGCCCGACACUCCCGUGGGGUCACCUGACGUCGACGACGGCAGAGACGUACAAGGGACUCUGACCAUCGCUGUCGCGACUGAGUACGUGGGCGCCGUCAUUGGUCGUGGUGGGAGGGUCAUCAAGGAGAUCCAACAGGCUACGGGCGUGUUGAUCACGGUGUUCAAGGGGAAGCUCUUACCUGGGAUGAGGGAAAGGUGGGUGGGCACCAACGACAUACAGCAGGGAGGUGGUGAUCAGCGGGACGCGGGAGGCGGUGGAUGCCGCGGAGGCGAUGAUCGCGGAGCACAUCUCGUACGCCAUGGGUCGCCGCCGCGGGCGGAACCAGCAGGGUGGCGAGGGGAGGAGGCCUUGUGUGGAGUAGCCUCAGCAGGAGCAAUGCAGCAAAGCAGAGCAGAGCAGAGCAUAGAAAUGGUAGUGGUAGUGGUAGUGGUAGUAGAGCAGGAAGGAAGGAGAUGUUGCAAUUGUUUUUUGGUGGGUUUUGCGUUGCGUUGCUGGAGCAGCAAAAAUGACUACUAGUGUACUUGGGAGGGGUUUGAUGAAACCCAAGACAAGCAAAGAUGAGAGGAUUGUUGAACUGAAACAAUUAAUUUGUUGCGCGGUUGGAUGGCCCAAUCAGGAUUGCACUAGUGCUGAUGCAUGAGAAUUUUGGUUGGUGAGAUCA